CACCGUCGGCAGCAGGGGUGAGAGUGAUGCCAGGCAGACCAUGAGCUGUGCCUCCUGAGACUGGGCUGGGCACAUGCAGGCCUUGGCCUGUCAAGCUGCAUGUCUGUGGAUGUUGGACCUCCCCCUGGAGGGUGCUUUUGUAGCAGCUCGGGGGAGUCUAGGUGUGUGUCCAUCUGCCAGCGAGGAUGUUGCCCUGGGUGCUGCUUUUCUCUCUCACUGGAUGUUGCUGCAUUUCUGCGCUCACAACUCACCUUUGGUUCCAGGUGUUCCAGACCUUUGACCACAUGGCUCGUCAGGACGACGAGAGGAGGAGGAAAGAGCUAGAGGAGAAGUUGAGGAAGGAGGCAGAGGCUGCUGCUGCGGAUCAGGAGCCCGUCCCUGCCCCAGUUCUGGAGGUGGAGGUCAACUCCACCACGGACCCCGCCUCGGCCUCCAGUGGGCCUGCAGAGCCUCAAGGCCAGCCCAGCACCAGGCUAGAGGUGGCCCCCAGCUCCCGGGAGGAGGCAGAGCCACCAGGCUCCGAUGCAGGUGCUGCCGAGGCCCCCAGGGAACCUCCAGCUCCCCCCAAGAGACAGGAGCAGUUCCAGAGAAACCCCGACAGCUACAACGGAGCCGUGCGUGAGAACUACACCUGGUCACAGGACUAUACCGACCUGGAGCUCAAGGUGCCGGUGCCCAAGCAUGUGGUGAAGGGCAGGCAGGUCUCAGUGGCCCUCAGCAGCAGCUCCAUCCGCGUGGCCGUGCUGGAGGAGAGUGGGGAGCGGGUCCUCAUGGAGGGGACGUUCACCCACAGGGUCAACACCGAGAGCUCUCUGUGGAGCCUGGAGCCUGGGAAGUGCGUUCUGGUGAGCCUGAACAAGGCGGGCGAGUACUGGUGGAGCGCAGUCCUGGAGGGCGAGGAGCACAUCGACAUCGACCAGAUCAACAAGGAGCGCUCCAUGGCCACGGUCGACGAGGAGGAGCACGCCGUGCUGGACAGGCUCACCUUUGACUACCGCCAGAAGCUGCAGGGGAGGCCCCAGAGCCACGAGCUGAAAGUCCACGAGAUGCUGAAGAAGGGGUGGGACGCUGAAGGCUCUCCCUUCCGAGGCCAGCGGUUCGACCCGGCCAUGUUCAGCAUCUCCCCAGGGGCUGUGCAGUUUUAGUGACGAGAGGAUGCCCUUGCCGGUGGGGAGGCGGGGCCUGGCCGUGCCCCUCCUGGGAGGGACCUGCUGUCUGAUGUCCUCCCUGUCCCUUCUUUCAAGGGCCAGCCGGUCUCCGCCCUGCCCUGCAUCUCCAGACUGUUCCAGGGCAGGGCGGGGCCACAUGGAGGAGGGUGCUGGAGAGUGGGGGCUCCGCACAGUGCAGCCAGGCCCCUGUAGGCAACCCCACCCGCUGCUUGCUGUGUCAUGUAGCUCUGCUUGCUGUUCUCUUGCUGAGGGAGGAGGGAAGUGGGGGCGGCCUGCAGGGUGCAGGGUGGGGCAACUCCGCAGUCUGGGGAUAGCCUCCCUUGCUGGGCACAUGCACCGCAGUCCCGUUUGUCUGUGAUGCUCGUCUGUGACGCCCUCUGCUCGGUCCUGGCACCUCAUCCUGGUCGCUGGUUCUGGAUGUUGGGAGAAAGUCCCAUGGCUGCCCGCACAGCAAGACCUUUGACCUGACUUCUGACUUCUGACCGGCUGCCGUGUCCCACCCAAUCUUGCAAUUUCAUGGGACCAGGUUCCUGUCCAAGUGAGCUGAGCCAGGUGCCCUCAGCAGCCCUGGUCCCUCUCAGAUGAACCCAGACUGCAGCUCUGCUCCCAACACUCUCCGGACCCAAGCCUGUGCCCCGUCCUGCUUGCCGUGUGCCCAUCGCCAGGACCAUGGUCUCCAUACCCUGGAACCCGGGGGACAAGGAACCUGUCUGGAAGAUGGUCCUUCCGGAGACUUCCACCUCAGCUGUGCGUGGGUGGGAGCUGGUUCAUCGCUGGCAUUUCUGCUCUAAGGGCAGCUUCGCUGGGUCCUUGGGGAGCAUUCGGUCCCUGUGAUCCAUCACCAGAGCUCAGACGUGGCUGGUGGAAGGGGGGCGAGAGCCCUGACUACAGUCAUCAGUGGCUGGUCCUGGACCUGCUGAGACCCCUCCUCAGGCCCCUGUCGUGUUGUCUGUGUGACAACUGUUCUCGACACAUUGGGCUCCUCGUCUCUGUCCCACCUCCACCCCCUGAGGGGUCUCCGGGAAUGACAGGUGGGGUGUGGCGUCUGCGCCUCAGUGACUUGGGAGAUGGACCCAGGACUCUGGUCAGCGUCUUCCUUUGGCCUGAUUUUAUUUCCCGUGUCGUGUCUCUUUCCACCCCCGCCGACUGAGUCAGCGUCUGGGAGGGUGCUGGUCACAGGCGGAUGAAGGCAGUGCUCUCACAUGUGGUGAGUGACCUCUGCCCCUCGCUGCCCUGGAGUCGCCGCUCCUGCCUGUUUUCUCUCUGCAGACGAGGCAGCAGCAGAUGGGCCACCGAGCUCCCGUGAGGCCCGAGGACAGGAAGCCGCCCGUCCACCACGUGGGUUUGCAAUAAAUCUGUGUUUAAACAUCUGG